AAUGACAUCAUAAACGGUGAAUAAGAGAGAAAGCAAAACUCGAGAUUCAAUCGUUAAAAUGUCGUACGCAUAUCUUUUUAAGUACAUUAUUAUAGGAGAUACGGGGGUUGGAAAAUCAUGUCUUUUACUGCAAUUUACGGACAAACGUUUUCAACCAGUCCACGACCUCACAAUAGGUGUUGAAUUCGGUGCUAGAAUGAUUACCAUCGAUGGCAAACAAAUAAAAUUGCAGAUUUGGGAUACGGCUGGUCAAGAAUCUUUCAGGUCUAUCACACGUUCAUACUAUAGGGGAGCAGCAGGGGCUUUGUUAGUCUACGACAUCACACGGAGGGAUACAUUUAAUCAUCUGACAACAUGGCUGGAAGAUGCUCGGCAACAUUCAAGUUCAAACAUGGUGAUCAUGUUGAUUGGAAACAAGAGUGAUCUUGAAGCUCGCCGAGAUGUCAGAAAAGAAGAGGGUGAAGCGUUUGCUCGGGAGCAUGGCCUCAUUUUCAUGGAGACCUCUGCAAAGACUGCAGCAAAUGUAGAAGAGGCUUUCAUCAACACAGCUAAGGAAAUCUACCAAAAAAUCCAAGAGGGUGUUUUUGAUAUCAACAAUGAGGCAAAUGGCAUCAAGAUUGGCCCUCAGCAUUCACCAUCAAAUCCCUCUGUGCCUUUGGGAGGUGGCCGAUCCCAAGACAGUGGUGGCUGCUGCUAAAGAAGUGUUACACAAGUCUCUGAAUAAACUUAUCCAAUUUAUUUUCACUAUGGAUCUUAAACAAAACCUUUCAAACUGAAUCUCUUGUUUCAGUUUCAAGGAGAGGAGUAAACUUGAUUGAUAGUGAGUACAACUGCUAGUAGAGGGCUGACACCAAUAAUGUUGUGGAAUGGUUAACUUUGGAAUUUUUGUAAGGCAGGGUGGAGAGUUGUAGAGGCAGUUGGGUGGAUUUCUUAAUUAUACCUGUUUGGCCUUCCAUAAACAUCAUUUCUGUUACCAGCUUCUUGUUUAAUCUUUGUUUGGUGUGCUCAUCCACCCUUGGGGGAGAAUUUCUUGCAAUUGUAUUGGGGGAGGAAACUGGAAUUAUUUUGAAAGGUUUAGCAUGCUUUCCAUUUGAGGGAAGUUGAAAAUCUCAAUCAGCAUAGGUUAGGACACUCCUCUUUAGUUUUCUUCUCUUGAUUUUCCUCUUAAAUAUAUCCUUUCAAAUCUCUUUUCAAAAUGAGAGUUAUUGUUCAAUGACUCGAUUGAGCAACGGUUCGUAAUAUUAGUCAUAAAAUUACACAUAGUUCUUGCACAUUUUUAGUUUGAAAUUUCAGCAUGUAUUGAUUUCCAGAAUUUUUUAUUGUAUGUAAUCAGAUCAGUUAGUUAAUUCUCAUGGCACAAUCUACCUGAAGGGAAGUUUAGAGAAUUCAUACUAAGAAUGAUAACUUUUUUUCUUGUUGCACUUUUUCAAAAAAACAAGUAACAAGAGGCUGGUAAUGGAACAUUAUGGAAAGUUCUGCUGGUGAAAAUGAGGGGUAGCUGUUUGAUAUUAAUAUGCAAGAGACAUUUACUAAAUGCACUGUUGUUAUUUUUGAAAUUCCUGUCCAUUCUUAUCAGUUUAUAUCAUCUUCCUUGUUGUAGUUCAUUUUCUACAAGAAUGUAUUUGUCAACUAAAGAAUUGUUUCCUUCUUUAAAUUUUGAAUAUCAACCUAGUGUAUUAUACUAAAGAGGAAUGGACAACAAUGUCGAGUAAAGAAACUCACAUGUCAUCAAGUAACCUAUCUAAUGGGUGGCAAUUUGUUUUAUUCCAGAAUUAAGUCAAGGUUCCUAUAUACAGUAGUGUCUAAGUUCAGAAUGAGGCAAUUUUUUUUGCCAUUACAUUUAAGUUUACGUCUUCCUCUAUUGCAAUAAGAUUGUCCAGGAACAUAUUAAUGUUGUGUUGUAUCUACAAUAAAGAAUGUCUAUAACCAAGUUAAA